UUACCCAUCUUCCUUUGCAAUUAAUCUUCCCCUAAAUUUUGCCUGCAAUUUUUUCAAUCGACAUCCCAAUUGAAAUAAAUCAUCUCCUCACCCAGUUACAAACUCUCUAUUUCCUUUUCAGUUUCUACUCACAACUUUUUAUUUUUAUUUUAGGGUUUCGAUGAACAUGUGAUCAAGAAGAAGAUCGUUGCUCCUCUUAGGAAUAAGAACUGACAGAAGAAGCGUAUGCUAAACAAAAAGCAGUUGAGGCUGACUGAUGAAGUUGAUUGGGAUUCGUCGAUUGACUGCGACUCGACUUGGGUUUGUGCUUUCAAUCCAUAAAAAAAGAACAAGAGCUAAACGGGGGCGUUUAUUCAGGUUUAACACAGUCAAAAAUUAAAGCUACAUGAAGGGAUGAGUGAAAGAAAAGGCAGCGUUCAUAUCUCAAUGAUAUACGAAGCCCCUGGAUUCCUUGCAAGUUAUGGAAACUCAGAUGAUGCUUUUCUGCUUACGAAAGCCAAGGCAGGCCACCAACACCCUGAAGCUAACGAUUCUCACCAGAGAGAAGAUGAGUUUUCCUCACUGGUGGAAAGAGUAUGCAGAUUGCAGCAAAGGCCCUAUACCACAAGUUGUUCCUAAAAAUAAAUUGAAUAAGCAGUUGACUGAAACUCCUUUACAAGCUUAUGUGUCUUCUACUCUUUAUGAAGUUGAAGAGGAGAGAGUUGGUGUACCGGUUAAGCGUGGGCUAUAUGAGGUCUGCCGCAGAAGAAGGGAUCAACCCUCUGGUUUUGUAUCUCAUACUUGGAAAUCUUGGCUUAAAGUGGUUAUGCCAGCUUUCCUAUACCUACGCCAGUUCUCCGAAAAAUUCUGGAAUUAUUGCUCGCAUUUCUUUUCUCUAAGGUAUAUGAUUUGAAUCAUAUACCUUGUGCUUCUAUUCAGGAGAAUUAGGCCAAGAACUGAAGAGAUGGUAGCGCUCAAAUCAAGGGUUCAGAGGUGUUAAAUUGUAAAUUGAGAUGUUAUCUUUUUCCUUCUUUUUAUUUUGUAACAAACGAGAUGUGGAUAUUUUCUUUUAGUAUAUCAUUUUGGUCUAUGAUUUUUAAAUCCAUGACAUAAAUUCAACUUAAU